AUGGCGCAGCGCACGAUAAUUGACGUGGAACUUUUGACAGAACAUCUGGGAUACGCACCAAUUUCGCUGCUGGACAGCAUCAUCAAUAAUGUCAAUGCCGUAGCCGACAAGACGCUCGACCGCGUCGAGCAGGGUCUUUCGAAGGCGCCUCCGAAAGCGCUCGGGUUCGAAAAGGCGCUGAAGCAGAAGAAACGGUCCGCAGACGAGGUUGUCGACGUCGAGGAGACGGCGAAGCUCGAGAUCGUCGACGGCGUCCACAAGCUGGAGACGCUGCUGUGCGCCGCGAUUGACAAGAAUUUCGACAAGUUUGAGCUUUACGUCAUGAAGAAUAUUCUGAGCAUUCAGCAGGGCCAGCGAAACUGGAUGCGCCUCGCCCAUUACGACGGUCUCGACUUCAAUGCCACUCACGAGGACGCGCCGACGAGGGAAAGCGUCGAUGCGCUGAGAAGGAAGCUACAGGCCAGCCAGCGGCUCAACGUGAUGCUACACGCCGAGCAGGCAAAGAAUGCGGCGCUACUGGCGAAGCUGCGAGGGGUCAUUGGUGGUAAGCCCGCCGGAUCCAGGGCUUCGCUGGUGGGACAGGUCAAGGUUGAGGGGUCCGACGACAGGGCGCCGUUCCAGUUCCUGCAGGAGAAGGGCGACUUGGCAGACGGGGAUUUCAAAGCGCCUAUAACGACCACGACCGCCUUCAACAUGUCGCAACUCCAGGCGCUGCGCGCGUUAUCGACGUCGCUGCGUAACAUCAUGCCUGACCUUAAGGACCCGUCCAGCACCGAGGACGGCCCCGAGAAGCAAAAGAGUUGGAGACGAGAGAGAAUGGAGUAUGUCGAGGGGGCCACGCGGAAGCAUCUGGAGCAUGUGCGUGGGCUAGAACUCGGCAAGGAUGGCGAUGUGCGCGAUGGCGAGUGGCAAGGUGAGGGCAGGAAGUUUGCCAUGGGCGAGGUGGAGGGGCUGGAGCAAGUGGUUGCCGCGCUCGGGGGAGGUUCCGGGGAAUCUACUGAGCAGCCCGAUCUCGACGCAAUGGACGAGUCAUGA